UGUCACCGACCGGUGUAAAAGAGAAAACAACAGAUCUCUCCCUCCUCGCGCAGCUGCUCAUAAGAUCUCCUUCACUACUGUGAUGAUAACGAAGACAAUUCCAAGGAGCUGAAAAUCAUCAUCAUCAUCAUCAUCAUCAAUCAGCUAAGAUUAAGAAUUAUGAUAAACCUAAACCGUUCGGUUUCGAUUUGGAUCGUAUUAUCAUUAUUUCUCUCCCUCUUCCUUUCUAAAGCUGAAGUUAUAACCCUAACUCCUGAAACAUUCUCUGACAAGGUGAAGGAGAAAGACACGGCAUGGUUUGUCAAAUUUUGUGUUCCAUGGUGUAAGCAUUGUAAGAAUUUGGGGACCUUGUGGGAAGAGGUUGGGAAGGCAAUGGAGGGGGAAGAUGAAAUAGAGGUUGGAGAAGUGGACUGCGGCGCCAGCAAAUCUGUCUGUUCUAAAGCUGAUAUCCACUCUUACCCUACUUUUAAGCUCUUUUUUGAUGGAGAAGAAGUUGCUAAAUAUCAAGGGCCAAGAGAUGUUGAAUCUCUUAAAGCAUUCGUUUUAGAUGAAGCAGAAAAGGCAGCAGCUAAAGCACAGCUUGGCUAUGAUAAAGAUUUGUGAACCUUUGUAAGGCAAAUCUCCUUUUCAAUAUUUUCAUCUGUUUGUCAUAGUGAUUUAUCCAGAGACGUUGUGGACAUCCAUUAGGGGCAGUGGAGCCUCACAAUGGAAUAAAUUUGAUUUUGCAAACGCCCCAGUUCAGAUUACCUUGUGCGUUGUAGCAGAUAAUAUUUGACAAUAUGCCCAUUUUGGUUGUCAUCUUGUAGGAGGAGGUCUAUUAAGCUGUGAACAAUGGAUGGAAACCCAGUCAGGAAUAUAACAAAAACUUGUAGGCACUGAUAAUGGAUCCAUUGCGAAGUUAUAUCAUCCUUACACAGGAAUUUCAACAUAA